GACACUCCUGCUCCCUUCAUCGUUCAUGUCCUUCUGCCAUGUCGUCGUCGAGAACGGCGCUGAAGACAUUCUCUCUAACGAACAGCAUUCUGGAGAUAUCACCUCAGGAUUCAAUAUACAAGUUUGAUGCUGACGAAGCUAGGCGGAUUGACCAAGAGUCGCCCUGGUCGAAAGACCCCCAUUUCUUCAAGUCGUGCAAGAUUUCGGCUGUAGCAUUAAUAAAAAUGGUCAUACAUGCACGCUCCGGUGUGCCACACGAGAUUAUGGGGCUAAUGCAAGGCAAAGUUGUCGGGAACUCAAUUGUCAUCAUGGACUCCUUUGCGUUGCCAGUGCAGGGCACAGAAACGCGUGUCAACGCAGCUAACGAAGCUAAUGAGUACAUGGUAGAGUAUACAGAGGGCAGCAGCAAGGCUCAGAGACCUGAGCAUGCCAUUGGAUGGUAUCAUUCUCAUCCAGGUUAUGGAUGUUGGCUGUCGGGUAUCGACGUCAAUACUCAGAUGAACAACCAGAAGUAUCAAGAUCCUUUCGUUGCUGUCGUUAUUGACCCGAACCGAACAAUUUCUGCCGGCAAAGUGGAUAUUGGUGCAUUCCGCACAUAUCCCGAAAACUACAAACCCGCAAACACCAGCUCGUCCGAAUAUCAAUCUAUCCCCUUGAGCAAGAUUGAAGAUUUUGGCGUACAUGCAAAUCAAUACUACCAGAUAGACGUGGAAAUAUUCAAGUCGACAUUAGAUAACGAGUUGCUGGGAUUGCUGUGGAACAAGUACUGGGUAAAUACAUUGAGCCAGAGCCCUCUGAUCUCGAAUCGGGCAUAUGCUGUCUCACAGCUAUCGGAUUUGCACCAGAAGUUGUCUAAAGCCCAAACUUCUGUCACCAGCACGCGUGCGCCCAUUCCCGUCAUGCGAGACAAGGAGGGCAGUGCAAGCAAGAAAGAGAAAGAAGAGAAGAAGAAAGAAGACAACCAGCUCGCUAAGAGUGUCAAAGACAGCACGAAGAUCGCUGUCGAGGCUCAGCACGGGUUGAUUGCGCAAGUGAUAAAAGACAUCAUAUUUUCCAUGAGACCAAAGGCUGGAGAUGCUUCAACAGCCCAGCUGUCUGACGCCACAGAUACAGCUAUGUCAAUUAGUUGAUAGUUCUUUUCAAUGCCACUGUUCUUGUAACUCGCGUUGUAUUUUUAGUAUUGCAUUCAAUGAAAGACCUGAACGAAGGGCAGACUGCUCCAGAAAGAGGAAAAGGCCUAAAUUUGAAAGUUACU